UAGGGACAUAAACACGCAGACACACGCACACAUACAGAUAAACACACAGACACACACACAGAGUUCUCACUGCCCAGAGCUAUAAGCAAACACUGCUGGCAAGAGCCAGGCAAAGUGAUGGCAGCACGAUCAUUGCUGGGAACAGCGAGAGUUCACAGGAACACACUAAUCGAGACUUUAAAGAGCUGCAUUGAACUCGGAAGGAACCUCAGACCCAAGGCAGAUGAAACCGUGAGAUUAUAUGAUCAAUGCCAGGGCUUGACAGACAAGAUGACCAGCGGCCUGACCUUGUUGGAGACGGACGGGAUCCCCCUGGCCGGCACCAGCCGCUGGGCUGAGCUCUCCGAUCAGGAGCGGCUAAGCGAGAACUUCUGCGCCUACAAGAUCUUCAGCAGCUACCUGCGACUGGCCCUGAAGAACGUGCCCGACUGCACCCGGUACCCGCGGCUGCCUGAGUCCAUGAUGGACCUGUGCACCAAGGCCGAGAGCUUCCUGGUGCUCAUCAGCCAGCUGAUGAUGGCCAUGGGCUUGCCCGUGCCCUCAGUGAGGGUGCCCCAGGUCAACGCGCCCAAGGACUGGGACAAGAAAGUCUGGGGCCACAAGAUGCUGCGGGAGCUGGACAACUGGGCGCUCCGAUCUGUGCGCGACUUCAACAAGCUGAAGACCAACCUGUCGGCCAGCCGCUCCCGGAGGAGGCACCUGCAGGGGGCGCAGAUGAGGUAAGAGGCCUGGCCGGCGGAAGAGAGGGGAAAGCACCGACCAGAGGCCCAGCCGACCUUCGACCUCUGACCCCCAACCCCUCCACCCCGGAGGAGCAAGCCCAAGGAGAUAAAGCCAUACACCCAGACGUGCCCAGACUCUCGCAACCCAUGUACCUGCUGCCGUCUCUCUCUCUCUCUCUCUUGCGCGCGUGUGCAUUCGCAUCUUCCUUCCCCCCAUCAUCCUCCCCAUCCGACAUUCCAGAGCACAGAACCCAGGACUGAAGGAAUGCUGCACCAUCGGAGUUGCUGUUCAUCGGAGGGGGUUGAGACAUUGAGCCGGAGUUCCCAUCUGCCCUCUCAGGUUGGACGUCAAUGAUCCCGACAGUCACGGUUGGGAAAAGGACAGUCGGGGUUGGGAAUGUGGUGGGCGGUGGGUGACAGGGGAGAUCUCCCAGUGUCCCUGGACCCCACCAUCCCCGAUAUUUACCCCUCAGCCAUGGAAAAGUAAACGUCAGGUCGUUUAUCACCUUGGCCGUUUUGUGGAAGCCAUUUGCAGGGAAAUUUGUCCAAAGACAGGGACCCUUCAGCAUGAAGCAAACGCACCUCAUUGGCUGUGAAGCAUUACCUGGAGGUUCCCCCCGAGGAUGGGAUAGGCACUAUGGAAACGGGAGUCCUUGUGAGUGUGUCGCGUGACCAAUCUGGGGAGCUUCACGCAACCAAAGGGAAUCGCCUAGAAACGAGGGAACAAGUAACCCUUCCACGUCUGCACCACCUUUUGACCUAAACCAGAUGUCCCGCCAGUGCCAAACCUUUGAGGGUAAAAAAAAAGGGGUUUUGUUGCAGUUACGCGUCUUCGCCGCUAGAUGUCGCUAGCCCACUGCCCAGUGAAAUGCCCUGUAGUAUCCGGCACCGGCCACAUCUGGUGGUGGAACAGC